UAUAAAUCACCCCGGGGAGCUGGGGCUAGGGAGACGGGGUGUUGCUGGGCCGUGCUCCACUACGGGGAUCACAGGAUCGGAGAUGGACACUCCGCCCGGCGCUGGGAGAGGCCUGGUCCCCGUCACCUUCCUCCUGGGCUGCUCCUUGCUCCUGUGCUCAGGGGCCUGGCUCCCCCCGUCGUAUCCCCCCAACAGGCUGUGGACGCGGGAUGCCCCUUGGGACCUGCAGCUGCCGUCCAUCACCCUGCAGGACUGGAGCCUGCGGAUGCUGUCCGGAGAGGGGCGAAGCAGGAAGUCCCGUCCCUGGAGCGGGCCAAGCCAGGAAGUCCCGCCUGCGGAGCUGGCCCCGGCCCCCGCCUGGGGCGGGAAGAGGAGCAUCGUGGUGGCGGACGACGCGGCUUUCCGGGAGCAGAGCAAGAUGCUGACGGCCCUGGAGCGCCAGAAAUGGCUCAACUCCUACAUGCAGAAACUGCUGGUGGUGAACCCCGACUGAGGGGGGGCAUCCGGCUGUCCCGCCGUCCGGGGGCCGCGCGCCCCCCAAUAAAGGAUCUUUGCUUUCUGUCUGCUG